CUGGGGAGGGGUUAAAGGUUCAUCUUUAAAAAUGCUCGUGCCACCGCAUAUGAUUGAAGAACAAUCGAAAAUAAUUUAUCAAAUAAACAAGUAUUAUGUGGAACGUGUACAAACUCGAAUGACAAUCAUCGAUAAAACGAUUCGUGAAAUUUGUCAAAUUGUUCAAGAUAUUUUACGAGAGGUUGAAGUGCAAGAACCCCGCUUUAUUUCAAGCUUAUCAGAAUGUAAUGGAAGAUAUGAAGGCAUCGAUGUUGUGUCUCCGAAUGAAUUCGAAAUUGUUCUUUAUCUAAAUCAAAUGGGAGUUUUUAACUUUGUUGAUGAUGGAACACUCCCUGGAUGUGCAGUUUUGAAGCUCAGUGACGGACGUAAACGUUCAAUGUCACUUUGGGUUGAAUUCAUAACUGCUUCAGGAUAUUUAUCGGCAAGGAAAAUCAGAUCACGCUUUCAACCCCUCGUAGCACAGGCUUGUGACAAAUGUGAAUACCGUGACUUAGUGAAAAUUGUGGCCGACACUUCAGAUGUAAAGUUACGAAUUCGUGAACGAUAUGUCGUACAAAUAACGCCAGCAUUCAAAUGUUCUGGUAUUUGGCCACGUUCUGCCUCACAUUGGCCCAUCAUGAACAUUCCAUGGCCACAUCCAAACCUUGUUGCUGAAGUUAAAAUGGAAGGUUUUGAUUUACUAUCUAAAGAAAGCGUUAUUUUUGCUGGCAAGAACGCAAACAUGGAAGGCGAUUCGUGGAUUUUAUCGUUCAAUGAAGCUGAAAAUCGAUUACUUCAAGGUGCUUAUCGUAAGCGCUGUUUAAGUAUUCUCAAAACUCUUCGUGAUCGACAUUUAGAUUUGCCUGGAAACCCAAUUACUGCUUACCAUUUAAAGACACUUUUACUUUAUGAAUGCGAAAAGCAUCCCCGUGAAAUGGAGUGGGAUGAAAACUGUUUAGGAGAUCGAAUAAAUGGAAUCUUCUUGCAACUCAUUUCAUGUCUUCAAUGUCGUCGUUGUCCUCAUUAUUUCUUACCACAAUUGGAUCUCUUUAAGGGAAAGUCACCGACAUCGUUAGAAAAUGCUAGCAAACAUGUAUGGCGACUGUCAAGGGAACUUUUGACCAGCGCUCGUGCAUUAGAAAAAUUGUAA